CGUUCUAAGAAUAGUGUUUCGUUCAUGACUUGGAGAUCACUCAGCAAUCGUCCCUGCCAAGUUCUCGCUGGCCUUCUGGUGUCGAGUAUUUCGUGAUUAAAAAAUGCAACGAGCGAUUACGACGUUUUCGCGGAACAUCUCUGCGUUAAGUCAGGUGAGAAUGGUUGGAGAACGUGGUUCGGGUGCUGGCAAAGGAGGAGGUGGUGGUGGCUCUAUUCGUGAUGCUGGCGGUUCUUUUGGAAAGAUGGAAGCUGCCCAUGAGGACCAGUAUUUCUAUAAUCUGCAAAAAGAACAGUUAAAAAAGAUGCGAGAGAGCCUACAUGAUGAGAUUUCAUUCCACGAGGAACAGAUUAAGCGUCAUCAGGAGGCUAUAAAUCGUCAUAAGAAACGGAUUUCGGAUAUGGAGCAGAAAGAGUGAACGAGAAAGUUAGCGUGAUACUCUUGAUUUCAGUGGCUAUCAUUGGUUUCGAUGUAAAGAAAAAAUAAGUCGAAAAUAGUAGAACUAAUAGAGUAUCACAACAGUUUUUUUUUAUGUAUAAUAAACUGUUACUUAGAUAUUGAAGCAAUGCUUUUAAUAUAUAUACAUAUAAAUAUGUUACUUAAGCAUUGAUUGAUAUUUCCUUGGAUAUUAUAUAUCGCUUGUUCUGGCGAGAUUAUCGUACGAUAUCUUUGUACUUGAAGUGUCUGAAAGACAGCUAAUCUUGAAAA